AUGCUGGGUGCUCCUCAGGUAAAUCCUGAGGAGAACCGGCUGCCUGUAGUGUCACAUUCUUCCCCAUUCUACAUCGGGGAAAAAGGAGAAUCGAUACAGUCACCGGGAUACUGCAGGUGCUCCCCAAAUGAUGUCUCACAGAUCCUGGAGACCACACCAGAAUUGAGAGGACCCCCCGGUCCACAAGGACCUACUGGUGCUGAUGGGACCACAGGAGCACCUGGGAAGACCGGUCAAAUGGGUGAUCCAGGUCCGCCAGGGCCCAUAGGCCUAAAAGGAGAUCGAGGAGAAAGGGGAGAAUCGGGCACACCGGGCCCUGAAGGCCAGCCUGGGCCUAAAGGGGAACCUGGCCUUGAUGGUAUCCAAGGCCUCCAAGGCCCACCAGGUCCACCCGGCCCUCCUGGACCAGUGUCUUCUGCUCUCAUGGAAUCAACGGUAUUAUACGGGUCUGGUAACGGUGGUUUACCUGGCCCUGUAGGGGAAAGGGGACCAAUGGGACUUUCCGGUCCUCAAGGCGAAAGGGGAUAUCAAGGAAAUAAAGGGGAAAGAGGAUUACAUGGUCCGAAGGGAGACAAAGGUGAAAGGGGUUUCAUAGGCCUCAGAGGCCCACAUGGUGCUAAAGGCGAAAGGGGACAGCCGGGCAGAGACGGCACGCCCGGCCUGCCAGGCGCCCACGGCCGACCAGCUGAAAAAGGCGAAAAAGGUGCGCGCGGUCUGCCCGGUCCCCCCGGGCCUCCGAUGCCUGUACCAACAACGGUAUCAGAAAAUGCUAUUACAACGGAUAAUAUAAGAAAUGCGGUUCGAGACCCACAACACCUGAAGGCACUGAAAGGGGACCGAGGGGAGAAGGGGGAUAAGGGUGAAAAGGGUACGAGAGGCAUGGAAGGACCACAGGGUUUCCCGGGUAAUGACGGGAAACCGGGCGAGCGAGGGGACAUCGGGCCAUCUGGACUGCCUGGAACCCAGGGCCUGACGGGUCCAGCUGGCAUUAAAGGAGACAAGGGAGAAGCGGGUCCCCCAGGACCACUGGCAAUAUCAAGGGACGAAGCGCUUGUAUUGACGAAGGGAGAUAAAGGCGAAUCUGGGCCACGGGGUAAAAGGGGCCACCCUGGACCACCUGGGCCCAGAGGUCCUCCAGGUCUUCCUGGCCCGCCAGGAACACCUGGCACUAAUGGACCUUCAGGAGACAUAGGCCUGCCCGGAUGGACGGGUCCACCUGGGGCUGCCGGCCAACCGGGACCCCCAGGGCCUAAAGGCGAAAAAGGAGAUUCUGGAUUAAAUCCAUUAGAUUUAGAAAAGAUAAAAGGUGAGAAAGGCGACCGGGGUUACGACGGGGCCCCGGGCGCGCCGGGGAAAGAAGGGGCGAGGGGGCCCCCUGGGCCGGCUGGUAACCCGGCGUCGAAUGUGAAAUACGUUCCGGUGCCUGGGCCUCCGGGGCCCCCGGGGCCCCCGGGCCCUGCAGGCGGCCCUUAUGAGGCCCCGGCCGAUACAUUGACCGAUAGUCCAGGGAUUAAUCGGCGGGAGCCGGGCACAGGAAAACAACGCAACCCGCUCAACAUUCUGCGAAAUCUAAACCACUUAGUGCAAUUCCGCCCAGAGUCAUACGGUUUCUUAGAUCCAAUGGGAGAUAACUCGGAAUUCGAUGAUGACGAAGAUGGCAGAGCUAUAGUUGGGACUAUCAUAUUCAAAACUACCGACUCCUUACUCAGGCUGGGAGCGAACACACCUUUGGGAACAUUAGCGUACGUGAUACAAGAGCAAGCUUUGCUGGUUCGCGUCAACACUGGAUGGCAGUACGUGGCGAUGGGAUCACUUCUAGCUAUCCACACGCCACCCAACAGCCCAACAAGAGUGCCAAUACAGAACAUUCUAGAAACGUCUAGUCUUGUUCAUCACAAAAAUCAGCUGGUGGAAGGACCGGUGUUGCGACUGGCAGCACUGAACGAGCCUCACACGGGCGACAUGCACGGAGUGAGCAGCACCAACUACGAGUGCAGGAGGCAAGCCCAGAGGGCUAACUUGGAGGGAAACUUUCGCGCGUUCGUGUCCUCGAGAGACAGAAGUGUUGUUAAAAAGCGUGAGAAGGUGACGAGACGGGAGAACCGGUAUUGGCUGAUGGUGGUGGACGAGCGGCAGGACCUGGUGUUUCGACAGGUAAGGUAUCAGGUUGUGGAGAGGGAAUUUCUAAGACGUCGAAAUCAACGUUGA